UCGAGCAGAAUCAGCAGCAGUUUCGGCUUUCAGAUAUUCUGCAGUUGUUUGUCUUCUCAGGAACUUUAAGUCAACUUUUAUACAGUUUCUUUUUAUUCAUAUUGGAUUCUGUUUUGUUUUUUAUGGUUUUGGGCAGAUUUACCAUGGAGAAUUAAAAUGGUGAGGAAGAAAAAACUCCUAGUGUAUGAAAUUUGUGGAAGCAUGAUGUGGGAUGGAUAAACAACAACAAAACUCUGCUAUGGCCUCUAAUGACCCUGACCUUCCUAACCUCUCUGGUGACCCCCAACCUGGUGACCUCAUUGAGAUCUUCAGACCAGCCUAUCAGCACUGGGCUCUCUAUCUGGGAGAUGGUUACAUCAUCAACUUGACUCCUGUUGAUGAGAGCCAGGCAGCUGCCAUGUCCAGUGUGAAGUCUGUCUUCAGCAGGAAGGCUGUGGUGCGCAUGCAGCUGCUGAAGGAGGUGGUGGGAAGUGAUUCAUAUCGUGUCAACAACAAGUACGACCACAACCACACACCCCUGCCCAUCUGUGAGAUCAUCGAGCAAGCUCAAGUCCUCAUCGGCCAGGAGGUGUCUUAUGACUUGCUGGGGAGCAACUGCGAGCACUUUGUCACCCUACUGCGCUACGGAGAGGGGGUGUCCGAGCAGGCUACACGGGCCAUUGGGGCCAUCAGUUUGGUGACGGCAGCAGCCAGUGCCUUCUCUGUCAUGGGACUGAUCAACACAAGGUCCAGAAACAGGCCUUUCUGACCAGCUGUGAUCUUCACUGAAGGGUGUUGCCCCCCCAACA